AUGGCCCGUAAAGUUUCGGGACUUUCGAGAAACAGGCCCCAGGUCACUUCAGAAGUAAUCAGUACCUGGUUAAUACAGGCAGAGAUGACUGAGAAGAAGAUCACAACCCCGUGUGAAAAGUGCCGUCCUGUUGCCACUUAAGGAUCUUCCAUGUACAUUGUACUUUGUAGUAGCGAGCAUGGCUGAAGUCGACUCUAGCUAUCAGUACUCGCUCAAGUACUUCAAACAGGUAACAAGUAAUUUAAGAACUAUGGGCAACAUCUUUAUAAUAUAAUAGCACCACACAGGAAUGUACUCUCCAGUAACUUUCAUUUGAAUGGUCACACUUUCAGAUUUCACCCACAGACUCAAAAGUUAGAACCGCCUUGUACUAUAAAAUAAACAGCACCAAAGCAAAGUACUGCUUUAUUGCUUUCAUUUGAAUAUUCAAACUAGGAUUUCAUCUACUGACACCAAAUCGACGACUAGAAAUCUCUGCUUCAAAACAUUAAAUGUGUAUUCUCUCAGGGAUCAGUACUAACAAUACUUUUUCCUAAUAAUUAUAUCUUGACAUCGUCUUCCCUUCUUUCUUUAUUCGUUUGGCUUCUUUUAUCUUAAUCAGUAAUAACUUCUCUAAAGUACACAGCAUUUAGCAAUCUCUUUACCUAUCAGAGUGUUAUUGUAAUCAUGCAUAUUUUAUGUUAUAGAAAGACAAGUACCUUAUCAAGAAAGAGCUUUUUGUUUGGCUUUUUAGUUAUUUAUUACUCUGUGCAUUGUUCUACUACUGUUUUCGUGGUCAGACUUUGUCCCUGGCAUUCGCUGAAUUGCUGGUCAUUAGCUGUCAUUCAAAUGGUCACAUUUCUGAGUAUCAUGCUAAAACUAGAAACGUUGUUUUUUCUGACUUAAACGUGUCUUGGUUUUUGGCAGUUGUUCAAUUCGUGCAUCGAAAACAGCGAGAAGACAGAUGGCCUGGACAAAAAGCUUGAGAUCCUUUUCACGAAUUGCACCAACUCGUUGUACACCAACGUGGCUCGGUAAGUUUAGCUCUAUAAAGGGAGGAGGGGGUAUUUUGAGUAUCUUGGCUUGUCUCGAGCUACCCCCACCCCUGUGAUGUUUUUGCAUUUGUUUCAAUCGGUUUGAGUGUUUUUUAGUCGCUUAUAUCUAGGUGGAUCGUGAUUGUGUAACCUUGCCUGUAUACAUCCACCUCUUCCCCUGGAAAAACCAGGGAAGGAGGUGGAUGUACAUAGGCUAGCAUAAACCCUGGUAACUAUUUUCAAGGUCGUAAAAAUUCUUGAAACAUUCUGCCUAUUUGUUUUCACUUUUAAAGUUUUUAUUUCUUUCGUGAAUUUUUAUGUGGCUUUUUCAAGAAGGCCAUUUCCUCCAGCUUCUUGGAAAUGAAACUAAUUCUCAAAGAGUUCUUACUUGGUUUGUCUUUUAAUAGGCUGGAUUGAGCUUGGGGCCUGUGAUUUUAUAAAUACGUUGAUAUUUCUUGGAUGACUGAUUCCUUUUUUCUCACCUAAAUAUUACUGGGAAAAGAGCACCAUAAAUAAAAUUUUCAAGUUUCUUUGAAAAACAUCUUUAAUCACAUGCAUGUCAACGAGACCUCGAUUUGAUAUAACUGUUCUUCAUUACAGGGGCUUGUUUGAGAAAGACAAGUUGGUGUUUAUGUUCAUGCUUUGUGGCGAGAUAA